ACAGGGACAGUUCAGGACACGGGUGGUCGGUGCACACAGCGGGGACAGUUCAGGACACAGGUGGUCAGUGCACACAACAGGAACAGUUCAGGACACAGGUGGUCAGUGCGCACAACAGGGACAGUUCAGGACACAGGUGAUCAGUGCACACAACAGGGACAGUUCAGGACACGGGUGGUCGGUACACACAGCGGGGACAGUUCAGGACACGGGUGGUCGGUGCACACAGCGGGGACAGUUCAGAACACGGGUGGUCGGUACACACAGCGGGGACAGUUCAGGACACUCACGGUACGCAGCUUGAAGACCCUCAGCGGCAGGCGGCUCCAGACAGGGACGACCAGCGGUCAGCGUUCCAGGGACAACCAGCGAUCAGCAGACAGCAGCAGCUCUCAGGGCACU